CCCCCAAGUGAACGCGCGCGCUUACGGCUUCUUUCCCUGCUCUCGCGCGCGUGUUGGCGCUUAGUUAUCAGUCAGUUUGUACGCGGACGUAGAAAGCAUCAUACCAUCAGCCGACACGACUCAGCUCGUACAGAUAGUGUGCGCAGGUAUUGGGGCAGACGACAUUCUCCUAACCCAAUAAUAGAAUUAGAACACACAAACGCCCCAAAGAGUGUUCCGCGCGCGCGAGCGAAGGAAAAACGUCGAAUAGUCUGAGUCGAUCGGUCGCGAGUAGAACAACCCAUCCGCCAGUUGUGUGAACCGUCGAGUGUGCGCCCAAGUGUGUACUGCAAAGCGCUAAUCUAAUUACUAUCUGCUCCGGUAAUUGUGGUCAUCGUCGUCGCCGUCAUCAUGAGAGAAAUUGUGCAUCUGCAGGCCGGCCAGUGCGGAAAUCAGAUCGGAUCAAAGUUUUGGGAAAUCAUCUCAGAUGAGCACGGAAUCGAUCCGACCGGGCACUACCACGGUGACAAUGACCUACAGCUGGACCGUAUCGAUGUGUACUACACGGAAGUCAACGGCAACAAAUACGUACCGCGUGCUGUACUCGUCGACUUGGAACCGGGCACCAUGGAUUCCGUUCGUCAGUCGCCUUAUGGCGCUUUGUUCAGACCAGACAACUACGUGUACGGUCAAUCCGGUGCCGGAAACAACUGGGCCAAAGGUCACUACACAGAGGGUGCCGAACUGGUAGACAAUGUGCUCGAAGUGAUACGCAAGGAGUCCGAGGGCUGCGAUUGUCUACAAGGCUUCCAGCUGGCACACUCGCUCGGCGGUGGAACCGGAUCCGGCAUGGGCACGCUGCUCAUCUCGAAAAUCCGCGAAGAAUACCCCGACCGAAUCAUGAACACAUUCUCCGUUGUUCCAUCGCCAAAGGUAUCGGAUGUAGUUCUCGAACCGUACAAUGCCACCCUUUCGGUUCACCAACUGGUGGAAAACAGCGAUGGCACAAACUGCAUCGACAACGAAGCACUCUACGACAUCUGCCUUCGAACGCUGCGGAUGCACACCCCAUCCUACGCCGAUCUGAACCACCUGAUCUCCGUCACAAUGUCCGGAGUGACGACGUGCCUGCGGUUCCCCGGUCAGCUGAAUGCCGAUCUGCGCAAGCUGGCCGUCAACAUGGUCCCAUUCCCGAGGUUGCACUUCUUCAUGCCCGGCUUCGCACCGCUCACUGCCAAGGGCUCGCAGCAGUACCGUGCGCUGACCGUGCCGGAGCUGACCGCACAGAUGUUCGACUCGAAGAACAUGAUGACGGCGUGCGAUCCCAGACACGGCCGGUAUCUGACCUGUGCCGCUAUCUUCAGAGGCGUCAUGUCGAUGAAGGAAGUCGACCAACAGAUGCUGAACGUCCAGAGCAAGAACAGCAGCUACUUUGUGGAAUGGAUUCCGAACAACGUGAAGGUGGCAGUAUGCGACAUUGCCCCGCGUGGCCUCAAGAUGUCGGCGACGUUCAUCGGCAACACGACGGCCAUCCAGGAGAUCUUCAAACGCAUCUCCGAGCAGUUCACAGCCAUGUUCAGACGGAAGGCUUUCCUGCACUGGUACACCGGCGAGGGCAUGGACGAGAUGGAAUUCACCGAGGCGGAAUCGAACAUGAACGAUUUGAUUUCCGAAUACCAACAGUAUCAGGACGCGUCCGUUGACGAUUACGAAGAUGGCGAGGAGGUCAUCGAGGAGGAGGGCGAACAGCAGGUGGAGUAGAGUUUUGGUACGGGAAAGGAUGCUGCGGAAAACCGGUUGUUUGUUGCCUUUUCUGGAUAUGUGUUCCAUAUGUACGACAGUUUUAAGUAAGACAAUCUAUAUAAUACAAUGAAGAAAAAAAUAGUUGACCUUUUUCGAGGAUUAAAAAAUGGCCAUUUUAGAA